AUGAUCACACUUAUUCCGCCUAAGCCGGAAGUAUCUCCAAAGCUGGAAAAGUCGGAAGAUGCCUGUGUGCAAGUUGUACGCCUCUACGAGAAGUAUAUUGAGGGCUCCGCCAUCAAGGACGUUCUCACGCUCUACGAAUCCGCGAUGAAAGUGCCGUUGUUUGCAUCAACGCGGUCAGAACUUGGAUUGAAAGAAGAUGAAACUUCACUGCAAAAGUUUCGCCUAACCUUAUGUGUGAUGUGUGCUAAGCACAUACCCGCCUUGCAGCUAGCAACAGGGGAGGAGAAGGAGCAACUAAAGGCUUCCAUCGAGAAGAGCAAGGAGGCAUGUGGCGUGGUGUACGAGACAACUCAAUGGGCCAAGGAAAUUGAAGGCGGCACACCUUUGGCUUCUCCAACACCGGCAGCGCUUGCGGCGAUCUUCAGCUCAGCUUCUCGCGCUGGGGGAAAACGGGUGCCUCCCAGUACAAUGGCUGGGGGUUUAAGGAACUGGCUGGCUCAGGAAGGAGGGCUGCGUGCUUGGGCCGAAGCAGCACACAAAAAGCUCAAAUCCGACAAAUCUGUUGCGGCCUUGUGUGCUGCUCUCCGUUACGCUGAGUACAUGCGGCAAAUCACCAAGCCUGGAAUAGCAUUUGACCGGAUGCUGUCCCACUGGAAUCUUACGUUCCCUUUAAAUAGUCUUUCGCUCGUGAACGCGCUGCGCUCUGCAUCUAAUCCGAAGCAGAAACUAACGCAGGAACUCUGCGUGGUGACACCUCCAGGACAAGAGGUUCAACAACUGCCGAGGCGGUUCGAUGCGGCCCAGUGGGCGGCCCUGAUGCUGCAGACGGGCCAGGAGAGCGCAGCAUCGGCAGCUGGUAUGUGA